CUUGGCUAUUUUAGUUCGUUUGAUAGGAAAUAAAGGAAGAAAAAAAUGGAGUCUUUAUAGUGACAGCACUUUGGUGUGUGUUUAUUGUGUCUCUAUAUAUGAAAGCUUUUGCAUUUAUGUAGGAGAACAGAGGAAGGAGACCUUGAUAGAGAAAAGAUUGGUGAGUUCAAUCUUGAGAGUCGGUCUAGGAGGAGGAGAGAGUGGAGCGAGAAGUUGGGCGCAAAAUGAGAUGAAAUUAAGAUUCGUGAAGAAGAGCUAAUUUUGUGUUCUGUUGGAUUGAUGAUGGUCUCUCCGACAAAUUUAUAGGAACACCAAGAUCCGGAGUUCUCAAGAUACUCUGUUUCUUUCUUUCUAAAAAUUCUGCUAAAAAACUGCGUGGGCUUCUAAGAUUAUCUAAAUCUAGCCGAUUUUCUCUCCUUGACAAUAGAGAUUUUUCAUGUCCACAUGGCCUUUUUCAGUUUCUCUCCAUGACCAAAGUCUCUUUCAAAAUUUUAUAAGAAAAUUCAAAAUUUCUCUCCAUUGAUUACGUUUCUUCUUAGAUUUCAUUUCUGGGGUUUCUUCAUUUUCAAUUUUCUGAUCUGGGUUUUGCUCCUUUUUCCAUUUGCUCUACAAUCUCUCUGUUCUGUUUUGUGUAGGAUUGUUUUUAUUGUUUCCCUGUUCUGAGUUUUGGUUUUAUGGGAAGAAAGGAGAAAUGGCACAAGAAGAAGAACAACAGAGGUGUAGUAAUAGUGGUGGAGGAAAAAAUUCUAAAAAAGUAAAAACAAAAAAGAUCCCACAAAGAGGACUAGGUGUUGCUCAACUGGAGAAAAUAAGGUUAGAAGAACAACAAAAGAAAGAUACUUCAGUUUUUGUUCCAUCUCUUCUUCCUCAGAACCAUCAAUCUUCUUCUUCUUCUGUUUCUUCAAUUUCCUUUUCACAAUCUUCUUCUACUAUAAAUAAUGUUUCUACAUCGUCAUCAACUUCUUUGUUUAGAUCACAACCAUCAAUUCCUUUCACUAAUUUUGAUUUAUAUAUUCCACCACCUCCUCCUCCUCCACAACCUACAUCUCUUCCAAAAACCAACACUUUUUAUGGAUACCCACUCCCAGAAGGUAGUGAAAAUGGUGGGUCUAGUUAUUCCUCUUCAGCCAUGGGAGUUUCAUGCGAGUUUGAUGUAGAUGGGAGAAAUGUUGAUCCAAAUAGGUUCACAAUUGGCUCUCAUACUAACACAAUAUGGCCUCCUUCUAUCAACAUACAACAACAGAGUAAAUAUCAACAGCACCAACCACCUUUUUCAAGGGUGAACGUUUCAUUGCCAACUUCGUCAUCCUCUGGACUAAACAUUCCGAUGGAGCCCCCUUCAAACCAAAGCUUCUAUAACAACUACGCUGCAUCGCAAUUGUGGCCAGAGGAAGAUAAGAUGGUUGGCAUGAAGCGGCCCUGGCCUUUCGCUAUGGACAACCCACCAUUAUCUUCCUUUCCUUGCAAACUACCCAAUUUCGGGCCUCAGAUUUACAGAUUAGACGAAUCAUCUUCAUGUGUUAGUGGUAACAUGUUCAAUUUCGAACCAGGAAACACAAUUUUCAGAGAGGGUCCUUCUAAUUCAGCUCCACCACUUCUUGUUGAAAGGAGAAGAAGUUUAUUUGAGAUGAAUCCAGCGAAGGGUCCUAAAGAAGGAGGGGUACUAGAGAGAGAUUUUCUUUCUUUAGGACCCCCUCCAACGAAUUCAUCUUUGACGAGUUUUAAAGCUAAGCAUCCGUUAGUUUUUCCAGUUCCUCCUCCACACCAGGAUUUUGCAGAAUUUGAUAUUCCUCCAUUUCGAAUGUAUAAUGAAGAAGAACAUCAUCAGCCACCUUACAGCUUCUUCCCUCCCAAAGGACAGCAUGUUAGCAAUAUAGCGUCGAAAUCAAAAGAUCAAAGAGGCGAAGUUGGAGACAGCUUGGAUCUAAGUCUAAGACUAUAAUAAGUAGGUAGUAUCAUGAAUACACAUGACAUGAAAACCCUGCUCCUAAAUUCUUCUAGUGGCAUCGACAUACUUUUCUUCAGUGAGGAAAAUAGAAUUGGCUAACGACAAAUUUGACCCAAGUAACAGAAGAAACUGAAUUGUCUGCUCCCUUGCGAUAAGAAAGGAGAUGUUGAAACAAGAAAGAGAUAGGGAGAAGAAACAUAAAGAAAGCGCCUGUAAGGUUCUUUUUGCAUGAUGUAGUUUUUUUUUAAUGUGGUUUUAAGUGUAAUGGUGUUCUUUUCUUUCCCAGUUUUGUAUGGGUGAGGUUGAAAGACUAGGCACACUAACUAAGAUGGUAAAAUGAAAACUUACUGUGCUAGAAA